UCUUUGAUUUCUGCGUUCAGACAGAGGGAGUCCCAGAGCCAAGAGAGUGUAAAAAUACAGCUGAAAACUACUACUGAAGAAAUGGAAGCUGCUAACCACCUGCAGGAGGAGAUACUGAGGGAGGCUGACAGCCAAAAUGAGCAUAGGAAAAAGAUGGUCCACAGUCAUGAGGAAGUACUUCUAGAACUAUGUGAUAUCCUAAUGUAUUACGAAGACAGUACAGGCAAGAAACUCUAUGAGCAUGGGAAUAUUACCAGCUUGCACAUCCACAAGGUAAGCACAGCGUUUCUUGACAUCCUGCGGGAUUUAGACUCAGAGUUGUCAUAUCUCAAAGAAAAGGUGGUUCUGGUGGAAGAAGAACUGGAGUCAUUGAAAAAAGAUUCAAAGACCCAAAAAGAACUUCUGCUUCAGCAACAUCAAUCCAGAUAUCUGAUUGAGCAACUAAUAAAUGAACAUGAACAGGAGGUGGCAGCACUAACUGCUAAAGCUAAGAGUGCACGUAGCUACGCAAAGAGUAUCCAAAGCCAGAUGGAGAACGUUCAAGAACAAACAAGGAAGCAAAAUUCAGUGCAUGCGCAUCAAGUCAGUCACCUGGGGUCUAUAGUUUCUCAGCUUUCUGAAUUACAAGAAUCUAGGAGGUUGUAUGAAGACAAGAUGGAGGAUCUUGAGAAGCAGUUGCACCUAGCUCAUUCUGAGGUAGCAAAAGUUCAGAACGAACGGGAUCGAUACAACCAAGAAUGUGGAAAUCUGAAUGACCGGAUUCAUCAGUUGUUGACUGAACUUCAUGGAAAAGAGGUAGAACUAAGUCUAGAAAAGGAGCAGAACAAGAGAUUUUGGGAUCGGAACACUGACAACAGCAUGACUGUUGAUAAUCUAAGGACAGAACUAGACGAGAAGAACAUGGAGUUGCAGCUCAUUAAAAACAUGGUGAAGGAAAUGAGGAUUGAACGUCAGGGACAAAUGGAGCAACAGAGGGCUGCAGUUAAGAAAAAAAUUGAAACCAUUGUCAGAAUCUCCUCCUUGACUUUCCAACUGGAGUCAACCAAGGAAAGACUCGGUAAAGUUAAAGAAGAUCUUAGAGCCAAACAGAUGGAUUUGGAGACUGCUGAGAGAACAGUGUCAAAUCUUACGGCAUGUCUGAAGGAGAAGGAAAUGGCCCUCGAGGUUACCAAUAAGGAAAUCAAGAAGCUGCAUUCACAUGUUGGCAGUAAGAUGCAGAAGCUUGAGCACCUAAAGAACAAAGAGGGCCGUUUACACGAUGUGCAGUCAGAGGGUGAAACGCUGAAGCUGCAGGUGGUAGAGAAGGAAAGGAUUAUUGAGAUCUUGCAAAAGCAAAUUGAUACCAUGAUCCAGGUUGUAGACCAGCAGUAUCAAACUGCUGGAGCGAUGGAAGUCGAGAAGUCACAGCUAUUAAAAGAAAUUGGUGACUGGAAACUUCAAGUGCAAGAACAUAAGAUUGCAAAGGAGGAGGAAGAAGUGAGAAUACACAAGUUGGAGGCCACGCUGAGCAAGCUGGAAUUGGAAAAGGUUAAGCUUGUAAACACAUGCACUGAGAGACUCCAUGCAAUUAAUGAUAUGAAACUGGAAAAAGACGAACUAAUGAGCAAACUGAAAGCCAUUCGGAUUGAGCUAGCUGGUCUUGCAGAGGGAUUUGAAGAUUUGAAGAGGGAUUGCCAGGAUAAAGUCAAGGAAAUGGAAAAUAAUGCGAACAGACUGAAAAUGCAGUUGAGAUCUUCUCAAGCCCAACUGGAACAGACCAGGAAAGCUCUAAAGACUAUAGAGGGAUCUGAUGGCCAUGCUAUGAAGGUUGCAGUGGGAAUGCAAAGGGAGAUCACGGCCAAGAGAGGACAGAUAGAUGCAUUGCAGAGCAAGAUUAAGUUAUUGGAAGAAGCAAUGGCAAAUGCAGCUAAGGAAAUGCAUUACCUCAGAGAAGAGAAUAGUAAACUAAGUCAGGAACUGAGCUGUAUCGCAACAGAAAAUAACAAAAUUGCUGGGCAACUAGAGAUCCUGAGAUCACAAGAGAAAUGUCUCAAAGAAAAACUAUCUAAGAUGGAGACAGCCCUUGAUAAGAUGCUUUCCAAGCUAAGCAUUUUGAAGGAGGAACCACUGCAGGACUUAAAGAGGACUCCUCAAGAAUUAACAAGCUCAGAUGAUAACAUCUCCUCUGUAGAUCUUGGCAAGAAUGACAGCGAUGGUGGGAAAACAUCACCUUUAGCAACCAUAAGGAACACUGUGGAUCCUUUAUGCUUACGAACUGCAGACCUUCAAUCCCAAGGCACGACCCAGCCCUUCACAUCCCCUGAAGGUGCAUCCAUCUUCUCAGCAGCUCCACGUUACACAUCCAGACCUAAGAAGGUCUGUCCAGCCAAGAGGUGCAGAGAAAGGUCUCCGGUACACUUGCUGUUAACUGCUCCACCAGACGACCUUGCAGCUGGCCCCAGCACCUCACCAGAGCACAGACCCUCUGUGGGGAAGAGUGAUUCUCCAGACGUUGUAGCCACAGUCCCCUGGAUAAGUAAGUCCAAAAGUUCUCUGGAAACUAGUGAGAACACAUCUUAGAAGCUACAGAACAAGAUGGAAAGCCUGCAAAACCAGGUGGAAACGUUACAGAGAAAAAGCCAAGCUAUGUCAUCAAUGAUCAGAACUCAGGAAAUGAAGACAGAGAAAGCAAAGGAAAAGGAGAAGCUGUCAAAGUGAAGACUUGUGUGCAUUAGUGAUUACUUUCACGUAUGUAUGUUGUGUUUAAAAUAAACUGUGAUAAUAAGG